CUUCCUUUCUAUUAUGUCUUUCGUUUAUCCUGCUAUCAUGGUAUCAGAUGUAAAACCUCCAUUUCUGCGCAUUACUCUGUAAUCCGAAGCUUCAAACAUGGUAACUACUCGAUCUAAUACUGAAAAUUCCAAUCCACUCCAGAUCACGUGAUCAAUUCAUCAAAUCCUCUUUUUCUUCAUCCAAAUGAAAAUCCUACAUUAAUUCUCGUUCCAGAUCUUCUCACCGAGAAGAAUUUCCAUUCAUGGCAUCACCAGAUGCUUGUUAUGCUAGGAUCCAAGAACAAGGAUAAGUUUGUUCAUGGUUCUUAUCCUUCGCCUUCUACUAAUGAUCCGUUGCAUGAACCAUGGAGAAGAUGCAAUCACAUCUUUAUGGCUUGGCUGAUGAAAUCCAUGACUCCUCCAAUUGCAUAAUCUGUUAUAUACUUUGAUACAACUGCAGAAAUUUGGACUGAUCUGUCUGAAAGAUUCUCUCAUGGAGACAUGUUCAGGAUAGCUGACCUAUUUGAUGAAAUUCAGCAAGUACGUCAAGGUUCAUCUUCUGUCACUCAAUACUUCACAAAACUAACAACAUUGUGGAAGGAAUUAGGACAAUUUCAAACUCUUCUAGUCUGUAUUUGCUCAACACCAUGUUCUUGUGGGGUUCUUAAGAAAAUAAUCAAAGAAAGAGAGGAUAAAAACAUCAUCAAAUUCCUACGUGGCCUGAAUGAUCAUUUUGCUCAUACUAGAUCUCAGAUCAUAGUGCUCAAUCCAAUGCCUAAAAUUACUAAAGUUUUUUCCCUGAUUCUACAACAAGAAAGAGAGUUUGGAUCUCCACUACCUCUUAACGCAGUUAAUGCCACUUCAUUCAAUGUUAUGACUCAAAAUCGGCCAAAAGCUAAUUCUUCAAAUAGAGGCAGUUUUUCUACAUCUCGAGGCAGUUCUUCAAACACUCGUUGAGGUGGACGAAAUUCUUCCACAAGAGAUACCCGCUUUCAGAUUUAUGGCUAUCCUCCUGGCUAUAAGUCCAAAUAUAACAACACUACCAACACUUCUUCUGCAAAUUUGGCUUCGAUUGAUCCCAAUGACACUUCACAGUUACAAAGCUCUUCAGAUAAUCUAGCUCAAGAUCAAUUCACUUUGUCCAAGGAGCAAUAUCAGGGAAUCAUGGCUCUUCUCCAACAAACUGACAUUCAAGCUACUUCUCAUGCUGCUAAUCAAGUUAACGCCAAUCCCUUGAUUCUUCCUCGUAAAUAUCCCACCUCUUGGAUCAUGGAUAGUGGUGCUACUGACCACAUAUGUCCAUCCAAAACUCUAUUUUCAUUCUUAACUCCAAUACUGCCUAUUCAUAUUAAUCUUCCAAAUGCAUCAUUUAUCACAGCUUCUUAUUCUGGUAUUGUCAACAAAGGAACUGUAACUCUCCAUCAUGUUCUCUAUGUGCCUCAGUUUCAAUCCCAUCUUAUUUCAAUGGGAUAUUACCCGAAAUAGGACUAAAAAGGUUUGAAAAUUCCAAAAUAUGACUACCAUGUUUUUAUUCCCAAAAUAAGACUAAUUAAUGUCAUGUUUUGGCAGUACCAGACUUCAAAUAUGACAGUAUUUUCCAAACUUGGCAGUAAUUACUCCUAUUUUAGGAAUAAAAAACAUGGCAGUCCUAUUUUGGAAUUAUAAAACUGUUUUAGUCCUAUUUCGGGAACUUUCCCUAUUUCAAUCCCAAAACCGGUUUCUUCUGACGGUUAUGUUGUUUUAUUCUCACAACUCCAUUGUUUCAUUUUGAAGAAGAAAUCUUUGAAGAUGAUUGGAGUAGCUAAAAGGUCUCAAGGACUUUACCGCAUAUCUUCUUCAAAUAGCAUAAAUUUUCCUUUGCAUUCAAUCAAAUGUAAUGUUUCUCAGAAUAGUUCCAAUGUAAUCAAUGUUAGCACAUCAGAUAUUUCUCAUUCUGAAUGUUCUUCUUUGACCUGACAUCUAAGACUAGGUCAUGUCUC